GCCGGGGCGGCGCCGGAGCGGGGCCGGGAGCGCGGGAGCCCCGCAGCCCCCGGGACCCCCCGGCCGCCAGCGCAGACUGGAACUGAGCUCUGGAAAAACAAAGUGGAGCUUGGAGCAUGUGGCCUGAGGAUUGCCUUACACAGCCAGGGGUGGUAGCUGAGCAGUGAGCAGGAUGCCCCCAGGCAUUUACUGCCCUACGGAAUUCUGGUCCAAGGGGGAAAACCAAAGCAUCCAGGUGGACUUUUUGCUGCCCACAGGAAUAUACCUAAACAUCUCAGUGCCCUGCAAUGCCAGCCUGGGCACCAUCAAGCAGGUGCUCUGGAAGCACGCGCAGUAUGAGCCGCUGUUCCACAUGCUCAGCGACCCCGAGGCCUACGUGUUCACCUGCAUCAACCAGACGGCCGAGCAGCAGGAGCUGGAGGACGAGCAGCGCCGCCUGUGCGACAUCCAGCCCUUCCUGCCCGUGCUGCGCCUCGUGGCGCGCGAGGGAGACCGGGCCAAGAAGCUCAUCAACUCCCAGAUCAGCCUGCUCAUCGGGAAAGGUUUGCACGAGUUUGACUCGGUGCAGGACCCGGAGGUGAGCGAGUUCCGCACCAAGAUGUGCCAGUUCUGUGAGGAGAAGGCGGCCCAGCGGCAGCAGCUGGGCUGGGCAGCGUGGAUGGAGUACAACUUCCCCCUGCAGCUGGAGCCCGCCGCCAAGGGCCUCUCCUCUCUGCAAAUCCCCAACAAGAACAUUUUUGUCAACAUCAGGUUCCAGUCUGGCGGGGAGAGCUUCAUGUUCCAGAUCUCCCCCUGGGAGUUCCCCAUCGCCCUCAUGACCUGUGCCAUUAAGAAACAGGCCACUGUGCUCCGCCCCGAGACCGUGCAGCAGCCAGAGGACUACACCCUGCAGGUGAAUGGGAAAUGUGAAUAUCUCUAUGGGAACUACCCCCUGUACCAGUUCCAGUACAUCCGCAGCUGCCUGCAGCGGGGCCUGACCCCCCACCUGACCAUGGUGCACUCCUCUGCCAUCAUUGCCAUGAGGGACGAGCAGACCAACUGCAUCACCAGCCCCCCAAAGGCGGCCUCCAAGCCCCCUCCGCUCCCCAAGAAAAAGCCAUACUAUGGCUCUCUCUGGUCCUUGGAGCAGCCUUUCUACAUCGAGCUGGUGCAAGGCAGCAAGGUCAAUGCAGAUGAGAGAAUGAAGCUGGUGGUGCAGGCAGGGCUGUUCCACGGCACCGAGAUGCUGUGCAAGACUGUGUCGAGCUCGGAGGUGAGUGUGUGCUCGGAGCCCGUGUGGCGGCAGCGCCUGGAGUUCGACAUCAGCGUGCGCGACCUGCCGCGCAUGGCCCGGCUCUGCCUCGCGCUCUACGCCGUCGUCGAGAAGGCCAGGAAGGCUCGCUCCACCAAGAAGAAGUCCAAGAAAGCUGACUGCCCCAUCGCCUGGGCCAACGUGAUGCUCUUCGACUACAGGGACCAGCUGAAGACGGGGGAGUGCUGCCUGCACAUGUGGUCCUCCUUCCCAGAUGAGAAAGGGGAACUUCUGAACCCCAUGGGCACAGUGCAGUGCAACCCCAACACUGAGAGUGCAGCAGCCUUGGUCAUCUGCUUCCCCAGCGUGGCAGCACAUCCUGUGUACUACCCAUCCUUUGAGCAGCUGCUGGAGUUGGGGAGGAAUGGAGAACAGCCCCGAGCUGCCCCAGAAGAUUCUGAGGAGAAGCUGCAGCUGAAGGAGAUCCUGGAGCGGAGGAGCCACACGGAGCUGUACGAGCACGAGAAGGACCUGGUGUGGAAGAUGCGCUACGACAUCCGCGACCAGUACCCGCAGGCGCUGGCCAAGCUGCUCGUCAUCACCAAGUGGAACAGGCACGAGGAUGUUGCCCAGAUGAUUUCUCUGCUUCAGACCUGGCCAGAGCUGCCUGUCCUGAAUGCCUUGGAGCUGCUGGAUUUCAGCUUUCCUGACCGUUAUGUUGGUUCCUUUGCCAUCAACUCCCUGAAGAAGCUGACGGAUGAUGAUGUGUUCCAAUACCUGCUGCAGCUUGUCCAGGUGCUCAAGUACGAAUCCUACCUAGACUGUGAAUUGACCAAGUUCCUGCUGGAAAGGGCAUUGUCCAACCGCAAGAUCGGCCACUUCCUCUUCUGGCAUCUGAGGUCAGAGAUGCACGUGCCUGCUGUUUCCCUGAGGUUUGGGCUGAUCCUGGAAGCCUACUGCCGGGGCAGCACCCACCACAUGAAGGUGCUGAUGAAGCAGGGAGAAGCACUGAACAAGAUGAAAGCUCUGAAUGACUUUGUGAAAGUGAGUUCUCAGAAAGCCACCAAGCCUCAAACCAAGGAGAUGAUGCACAUGUGCAUGAAGCAGGAAACCUACAGGGAAGCCCUUUCCCACCUCCAGUCCCCCCUGAACCCCAACAUCAUCCUUGCUGAAGUUUGUGUGGAUCAGUGCACCUUCAUGGACUCCAAAAUGAAACCUUUGUGGAUUGUAUUUAAUAGUGAAGAGACAGGUGGAGGUGGAGUGGGUAUAAUUUUUAAAAAUGGAGAUGAUCUGCGCCAGGACAUGCUGACUCUGCAGAUGAUCCAGCUGAUGGACAUCCUGUGGAAGCAGGAGGGCCUGGACCUGAGGAUGACCCCUUAUGGCUGCCUCUCCACAGGAGACAAGACGGGGCUCAUUGAGGUGGUCAUGCACUCGGACACCAUCGCCAACAUCCAGCUCAACAAGAGCAACAUGGUGGCCACGGCUGCCUUCAACAAGGACGCUCUGCUGAACUGGCUCAAGUCCAAGAACCCGGGAGAUGCCUUGGACCAAGCCAUCGAGGAGUUCACCCUGUCCUGUGCUGGCUACUGCGUGGCCACCUACGUGCUGGGCAUUGGGGACCGGCACAGCGACAACAUCAUGGUCAGGGAGACGGGGCAGCUGUUCCAUAUUGAUUUUGGUCACUUUUUGGGGAACUUCAAGACUAAAUUUGGUAUUAAUAGAGAACGAGUCCCUUUCAUCUUAACCUACGACUUUGUGCAUGUCAUCCAGCAAGGAAAAACUAACAACAAUGAGAAGUUUGAAAGGUUCAGGGGUUACUGUGAAAGGGCCUACAUGAUCCUGCGGCGCCACGGGCUCCUCUUCCUGCACCUCUUUGCACUCAUGAAGGCUGCUGGGCUGCCAGAGCUCAGCUGCUCCAAAGACAUCCAGUACCUAAAGGACUCCCUGGCCCUUGGGAAAACCGAUGAGGAGGCACUGAAGCACUUCAGAGUGAAGUUUAACGAGGCCCUGAGGGAGAGCUGGAAAACCAAAGUGAACUGGCUGGCACACAACGUCUCCAAGGACAACAGGCAGUAGAGCAGGAGCUGCCCAGCACUGACAGCCAGGUGCCUAAGGACUGAACAGGGGUGCAGAGUGCAAGAUCCCCCACCUCGUUCCCAGAGACCAGACAUUGCUGCAUGACUGAAAAACUGUUGGCCUGUCCUCAGCCACCCCACCCUGGCUGCUGAACAUCCUUGGGGGACAAGGAGAGACGUGAGGCAAUAAAACUACUGCAUACAGUGAAGGUAGGUGCAGGUACUGUACCCUUGAGAACUCCUUCAGCUUCAAAUGCACAUUUGAAUGAAGUCAAGACAGUUGUAACACCCCUCCAGUGUGCUAAUGUCUGUGUUUCUAUUUUCUUGAAAAUUUAGCUGAGCAGAGAUCCCCCUAUGCCUGUAGCCUAUCUAGGUCACCACUAUUACAGCUUAGAGGCAUUAACUUCAGCAUGUGGUCACUCCUGCCCUGUGUCAGUGGCCACUGAGGUGGGUCAGCUCAAAGCACACCAAAGCUGACUUGGAUAAAUGCUUUUAUUCUGCCUUGAGACAGGAUAAAAACAUCCAGGCUGUCAUAUUGCUUUCUGUCUGCUCCAGAAGCCAAAGUGUUCUGAAACUGAGCUGGAACUCAGCUACUGCUGUCUAGAACUGAUGGCACAAAAGCAGCUUUGAGGUGGCCAUUGGAUCAGGUACUUUUGCUUUCCAAAGUUAGGCUUUAGUUGAGCCUCAAGUAAUUCCAUUUCUGCAUUUAUUUUGGUUUCAAACGUGAAAACGCUAAGAUUGCAUUUUCAAAUUGAAGUACUUACUGCUUUUCAUAACAGAUGUUAAGCUGUGAGGUCUAUUCAUACAAACCCUGUUGCCUCUCAAGCACCUGUUGGUAGAAGCAGCAGUUCUGGCAUAGAAGACACCUCAUUUUAAUUUAAUCUAACCCUGGGAGAGCCCCUUUUCCUACACCUUCAGAUGAUACUGUGACUGAAGCACUCAGGCUCUAACAGCUACUUUGGUACUAGAGGGAAAUACUGCAGGAUUUAGAGCUCUGUGCAGGCUGAUCAGUGAGAAACAGCCCUGUGCCUCUGCUCCAUUUUAGAGAGUAAAUAUUGCUAUUUCCUUGCUUAUUAAACUAAUUUACAGAGCAAAAAGUAUGCAGAGAAAGUCCUGGGCCCUGUGCAAGGUGAGAUGCACUGAAAGCACAGCCCCAGUCAGGUUCUUGUGGAAGGGAAGACACUACAAUUCCAGAGCUGCAAAAGCAAUUCUCUUGCAGUGCCAGAGCCUGGUGUUCAGGGUGCUGCAGCACUGGCCCCUGCUCUCCUCAUCCCUCUCACAGCACAAAGGCCAGGCCCUCACAGAUUGCAGAGCAGUGGCUCCUGUCCUGUCCCUCACUUUGAGAAGUGCAAUAACACAAAGGUGUAUCAGUAUCAGCUGCAAGAACUGAGCACAGUUUUACAGAGCUUAGUCUGGAAAACUUGACUUACCUACGAGCAGUAAAAAUUCAGUGAGUCAUCGUGUGGACCUUCUUUUUUGUACACCCUGGGAGGGCAUCUUGGAUAAAUCUCUGAGAGCUCUGUUGGGUCAGCAAAGAGCCUUUGACUCCAAACUCACAAAGCAGCAGCUCACCUGAUGGUUUUCAGCAAGCUGACCUGUACUAAAGACUGAAACUUACAGAGUUUUCAAAAAUGUUCCAUUUCAUUACAAGUGGCUUCUCAUUUUUACAAAUAUGCUCAGAAUGAUAGACUUAUUUCUAUUUAUUUAGAGAUGUUUCUGUCAUUAUUUUUUUUUUAACUCUGUACAAACUGAUUGUGCUUAUUCUGUUGCCUUUGAAAAAGAAGUAUUUUUUUAAGCCAAACUGUGGUUCUGCAAGAAGAGAAUGUUUACAUGUUUAGCUCUUCAGUUGCGGUAGGUACAUGUUUUGUAAAUAAGAAAUAAAAGAUAUUGACAAAUUGUACACAAA